AUGGCCCCUGAUUCGAGCAUCGAAUUCAACAAGAAUUAUCGCUCUACAAUCGACAUCGUGUGGAUGUGCCUAACCACGAUCUUCGCCUGUACAUGGAUCUCCGUCCAUCCAAACAUCUUGAGCCCGCACUCCACGCAUUGGCAACGUCUCCGACAGCGAUUGGUGUUAUUCGCAUGGGCGCUUAUUUGCCCGGAGCUGAUGUUGAUGUGGGCGUAUCGACAAUGGGUCGGUGCUAGGAGGAUUUCAGGGAUCUUAGGGAGCAAAUGCACGAUCACACACGCUCAUUUCCUCCAAAUGGGGGGAGUAGUCUUCGACUACGAAGGCGAACAUCGAUGUCUGGAUCUCAUGAAAAUCCUCGAAGACUGGCCUGUCGAUGUUUACGAAUCAUCUCGGGAAAAUGGCCUCCUUCCACCCCUCGAACUCACGGACGAGCAAAGGCGACGGCCACUACCAUACUCCGCGGCACGAUCCAUUUUGGAAGAGAUGCCCAUCACGGUCGACCAUAUAUCCGACAAAAGCAAAGGGGACGAGCUCGCGAAAUCAUUUGUCGUCAUUCAGACGACGUGGUUCAUAGUUCAAUGCAUCGCUCGCGCCAUCGAGAAGUUGGAUGUGACAGAGCUGGAGAUUGUCACUUUGGCGUAUGCUGCCCUGAACGGUGUCGUGUACUACUUGUGGUGGGGUAAACCUUUGGAUGUGCAGCGUCCAGAGGUGAUAUCCAUUGAUCCUUCCAAUUACCCUGGUCAUCCACCGGAGCCCAGUCACCUGGAGUAUUACCGGACUCUUAUGCCAUGGUACAAGGAAGAAUGGCUGGAGCUUGAUUUACCACCUUCGAACUUGCGGGUCGCGUCACCGGAGGACGGAAACGUCCUCAAAGCCUUGCUCAACCUCAUUCGGACCUCAAUUCGGAAACUCGCCCAAGAAAUUGCAGACAUGAGCUAUUCCUCCGUGAUACUCGACGACCGCGUUCCCCACUUGCCGCGAUACUAUGCCUUUCCAGCAGACGACAAAGCGUUAUUCUCGGUUCUAAUUGGCACUCCCCUUCUUGCCUCAGGCUUCGGGGCUAUCCAUUGCAUCGCCUGGAAUUUCAAUUUCCAUUCUAGACAGGUCCAAAUAGCGUGGCGGAUAUGUGGACUCUAUGUCGCCGUAUCCCCACUUAUAUUCUUGAUUUCACCCUGUAUAGGGCGGCUGUAUUUGACUAUAUGCGGACCUGCGAAGGCGAGGGCGCAUUACCAGAGGAACUUGAAGGUUGCGACUGGGCUGGCUUUUCUGGCCCGCUGCAGCGCUCUACUCUAUAUACCUGCACGAAUUGUUUUGGUCAUUCUGGCUCUUCGGGGGCUUGGAUAUCUUACUGACAAAGGUCACGAAACUGUCGAAUGGAGCAACUUUAUCCCGCAUGUGUGA